AUGCUAUCCCUCCUAGAUUUGCCUGACUUCUUACUUGAGGAAGUGAUUGCGAUGGCUAUUGGUUAUGUUAAUUAUUACGACGCUUCCGGGACGCAUAGUGUGACCAACAAAGUGCUUUCCCUAGCAUUGUUGCUUAACUGCCGCCGCAUAAACGCACUCACGGAUCGUAUUCUCUUACUCCAAGGCUUAUUUCAUGUCAACACGAUUCAAGGUUUUCAGAGUCUCGUCGAUCUGCUUGGGCAUGAAAGACUGAAUUUGGUGAGGUGGAUCUUUAUGCCUCUAAGUAAUGUUAAUUUGGGAGAUAAUUCUCGUGAGGGUGAUAUUGCGACGGCCGAAGACGGAUUCGAGCAAUGUAUAUCGCUGAUGAAUUGUCUUUCUCCACGUCUUCGUGUGCUUCUCCUGCGCGAUCCCUCCUGGGACAAGAACCCCAUGGAGUGCGACAGAGCCCACAGAAUCAUUGCACAAGCUGUACAGCGGUUUGGUGAUUUAAAACGCCUCGGCUUCCUGUUUCACCAUCAGUCGCUACCCCUUUGCGUCUUAUUAUCGUCCUCUAGCUCCUACGUAGGGAGCAGGGCUGCCAGUUGUGCUUCUGUUCCGAAAAGACCAAUGUUUUCUCAACUCCGACACUUACAUUUGCAUGGUCGUCUUCUGCCACAUGUUACAUCUCGGCAGCUGAUCGAAGCUCUCUCAGAGCAAAAUUUACCCUCUCUCAUAAAGCUGGAUCUUGGCCAUAUUUACCAUCACCCUCAGUCCAAUGAUGGGUUUGAAUGGAUCGUGACUCCGGAAGUGUUCCUAAAUAUGCACCCGCUUGUUCACCUUCGUUGGGUUACAGACUGUGACGCCAGCGGCGCUGAAGGCUCUGUUCCACAUCCUCCACCUACAAAUGAUCACUUGGUAGCUCUCCGGCAAAAGCAUGGCCACACUCUCCGGCAGUUAAUAAUGCAGUAUGCCACAUGGCUUGACGAAACAAGUGAACCAGCUACUCUCGGAUUCACCAGAGAUGACGCCGCUAUUUUCUUAAAAAACUUGGACCUCGUAAAAGUGGUCCUCACAGUCCCACACUUAGAUCUGUACCUAGUGUGGACUACCCCAAAAGCAAAGCUGGAAGCUCUUCGGUCCAUAGGGAUCAGCCCGUAA